AUGAGUGACAUAGAAGGAAAUCCUAUUGUGCUUGCAGAAUCAUUCGAAGAUAAUGAGGAAACUUUCGUUAAUAAUGAGGAAAUUACCGAAAAUAAUGAGUGUACUGCGUUAGAAGAAGAGAGUGAUCUUGUCCCUAAGGUUGGAAUGAAGUUUAAUGAGGAGAAAGACGUUUUUGAAUUUUACAAAAGAUAUGCUUACGAUGUGGGUUUUCCUGUUAAAAGAAGGAGUUCGAGGAAGGGUGAUGACGACGUUCUAAGCUGGAAUUCCACAACUGUUGUUGAAGCUGGUGGAUAUGAGAACCUGACGUUUGUGGAAAAGGAUUGUAGAAAUUACAUUGAUCAGGUGAGGAGGUUAAGACUUGGUGAAGGAGAUGCUGCUGCUAUUCAAACUUAUUUUUCGAAGAUGCAAGCCUUUUGUCUGGGUUUUUACUUCAGUGUGGAUUUGGAUGAAGAUGGCAGAUUGAAGAAUGUCUUUUGGGCUGAUAAUAGGUGUAGACAAGCAUUUAAGGAAUUCGGCGAUGUUGUCACAUUUGACACCACAUACUUAACCAAUAGAUACGACAUGCCGUUUGCUCCAUUCGUUGGUGUAAAUCACCACGGACAAUCGACACUGUUUGGAUGUGGUAUUAUUUCCAAUGAGGACACCAGGACUUUUGUGUGGUUGUUUAGGACAUGGCUUGAGUGUAUGGAGGAUCAUGCAUCUGCAGGAAUAAUCACUGAUCAAGAUAGGGCUAUGCAAAAUGCUAUUGAGAUAGUCUUCCCUAACACAAAGCAUAGAUGGUGUCUACGACAUAUAUUAAAGAAGUUACCAGAAAAAUUUGGUAACCAUAGUUGUAAGCCAUAUAUUCUUUCAGGCGUACAUGAGAUGGUGUAUGAAUCACAGAGUCCUGAAGAAUUCGAGCAGAACUGGAAUAUCUUCAUUGAGAAAUAUGCACUGCAUGACAAUGAUUGGUUGUCUGGACUUUACAAAGAACGAUGUCGAUGGGUCCCAUGUUUUGUGAGAACUAGUUUUUGGGCAGGGAUGUCAACAACGCAGCGGAGUGAGGGUAUGAACGCAUUCUUUGAUGGAUAUGUACACUCGAAAACCUCAUUGAAGCAAUUCGUUGAACAAUAUGAGCGAGCAAUGAGGUGUAAAGUUGAAAAGGAGUUUCAGGCCGACGUAAGAUCUUUUUCUCAGAUGGUCCCAUGUGUAUCGAGAUUGGCCAUUGAGAAACAAUUUCAAGAAGUGUACACAAUCGCAAAAUUCAAAGAGUUUCAAGAAGAGUUAACUGGAAAGAUUUAUUGCUCGAUUGUGUCUACUGAAGAGGGACCGCUUGGUAUAAGCUGUCACAUGUUCGAGUUUAAGGGAAUAAUUUGUAGACAUGCUGGCACAAUAUUGAUCCAAAAUGGUGUCAGAUCCAUUCCUGAGAGAUAUAUAUUACGGCGAUGGAGGCGAGAUGUUAGUAGAUCCUACAUGAGGGUGAAGAUCAAUUACAAUGGUUGGAUUAGUAUGCCUAGCCAAUUAAGAUACGAUCAACUGUGCAGUGCAUUUGCCAAGGUAGCAGACAAGGUAGCAGACGACGAAGAACGAACUCGGGCAACUAUGGAGUGGAUCCAAUCUCAAUUGAAUGCAUUGAGCAUAUCCAAUGCAAAUCCAAGCUAUGGUGGUAAUAUAUAUGCUCAACACAGUAUGCAAGAACAAGUUCGUAGUUGUGGAGAGAUAGCAACGGCUUCAAGCAAGCAAAUAAUGGAUCCGAUAUGCUCUCAGAGAAAGGGAGCCCCUAGGAAGCUUCGCAGGAAGGGCCCAUUGGAAACACGUACAAAGAAAGCUAAGCUAGUCUCUUGGAAUGCUUCUCACGGAGUGCCUAUGGUGCCGACCUCUAGCAAGGGUCAUCCUUAUGGCCAUGCAUUUUCUGCUCUUGGAAGGAAAGAGUAUGCUCUUCAGAACAAGCUGCUUUAG